AUGAAGACUUCUCGCAUUGCGCGAGAUACUGCGAAGGUCGCCAUCUCUUUUUCUCAAGCCGACUGCGCCCCAAGACGACAGACAAGGGCUUUCGCAGCGUCGCUGCAGGCUUUCACUGCCAAUGGAGAGGUGCCCCUUCCCAGCCCAGGAAAGAAUGGGGUGAAGCGCGAAGAUACAAGCGAUGAUGAUUCCCUUUCCACUUUGGCUUCGGUGUUCGAAAUCGAAGAUGUUCCAUUUGAACCGUCUACCUCAAGGAAGCGCAAAAGGAGUCUCGGCAGUCCAUCUACAGCCAUCACCACGAAAUCUACAUCUACAAGCACGCGCAAUUCGCCUCGCAAGCCAGACCUGACAUCCGAAGACGGUACUGUGGGGAAACUCAAAAAAGCAAAACGUCAGCCGGCGAAACGAAUUGUUAAUGAAGCAGGAGAAGCGAAGAUAGAGGCCCCGGCAAACUGGGAAGAAAUCUACGAUGCUGUAAGAGAAAUGCGGAAAGAGAGGCUGGCGCCUGUUGAUACCAUGGGCUGCGAGACGCUUGCCGAAGAGCAUCUGACGCCUCGUGACAAACGCUUCCAAACUCUCAUCGCCCUAAUGUUAUCGUCUCAAACAAAAGACACUACCAACGCGAUCGCCAUGCGCCGUCUACAAACAGAGCUUCCGUCUCCUGGGCUUACACUCGAGAAUAUUCUCCAGGUGGAUCCUAUCAAGCUCAAUGAGCUGAUCUACGUCGUUGGCUUCCACAACAACAAAACACGAUACAUCAAAGCGGCCGCCUUGAUACUCCGAGACGACUAUGCAGGCGACAUACCUGAUUCAAUCGAAGGACUCAUGUCUUUACCCGGAGUAGGGCCCAAAAUGGCCUACCUCUGCUUAAGCGCUGCGUGGGGUCGAACUGAGGGAAUAGGAGUCGAUGUGCAUGUUCAUCGUAUCAGCAAUCUCUGGGGCUGGCACAAGACCAAGGCUCCUGAGGAGACAAGGGCGAGUUUAGAGGCAUGGUUGCCCAGAGAGCGAUGGCAUGAGAUCAAUCAUUUGUUGGUUGGAUUUGGGCAAACGAUUUGCUUGCCUGUGGGGAGAAAAUGCGGCGACUGUACGCUCAGUAAAAAAGGCUUGUGUCCCUCGGCCGUGGUAGAUAAGAAGAAAGUGAUCAAAAAAGUAAAGGGGGAGGUGGCGGCCAAAGGGGAGGGAAGUGAGACAGUUGAAGUGAAGCAGACCGAAGAGAGUGUGGUAGUCAAGGAGGAGGAUGUGUUGGCUGAAGACGUCAAAUGA